CCCCAUGCGCAAGCACCGGGGGGCAGCAGCCAUCUCUCUCUCUCUCUCUCUGCUCUGCUCCUCUCCCUCCUCCUGUAUAAAUAGCUGCUGCUGCUGCAGGGAGGCAGGCAGCAAGCAAGCAAGCAAUUCCGUCAACCCACCCACAUCGUUGGUAGAUCUUGCAGCGUUCAUAAGAAGCUAGCAGAGCAAGCGAUGGCGCCGCCGAAGGUGUACGGAUGGGCGAUCUCGCCGUUCGUGUCGCGCGCGCUGCUGGCCCUCGAGGAGGCCGGCGUCGACUACGAGCUCGUCCCCAUGAGCCGCCCGGCCGGCGACCACCGCCGCCCGGAGCACCUCGCCAGAAACCCUUUCGGUCAGGUGCCCGUUCUUGAGGACGGCGACCUCACGCUCUUCGAGUCCCGGGCGAUCGCGAGGCACAUCUUCCGCAAGCACAAGCCGGAGCUCCUGGGCGCCGGCAGCCUGGAGCGGUCGGCGAUGGUGGACGUGUGGCUGGAGGUGGAGGCGCACCAGCUGCACCCGGCGGCGGGCGCCGUCGUGGUGGAGUGCGUCUUCGCGCCGCUCCUCGGCCGCGCGCGCAACCAGGUGGCCGUCGACGAGAACCUCGAGAAGCUGCGGAAGGUGCUGGAGGUGUACGAGGCGCGGCUGGCGCAGAGCACGUACCUCGCCGGCGACUUCCUCAGCGCCGCCGACCUCAGCCACUUCACCGUGAUGCACUACUUCAUGGCCACCGAGUACGCAGCGAUCGUGGAGGCGCUCCCGCACGUGAGAGCGUGGUGGGAGGAGCUCGCCGCGCGGCCGGCGGCGAGGAAGGUGGCCGGGUUCAUGCCGCUCGGCGCUGGGCCGGCCAAGAAAGACUUGUGAUCGAUCAAGUUGUAGUAGCGUUGUUGUGCUUAAUUUCCCGUCGUCCGGUUUUGUACUUCUAUCCUUGUAAUAAUAAUGAUGCUUUCAGCUUUCAUAAUUCACAGAAAUC